AUGGAAGGCAAUACGUCUUCAGUAAACCAAUCAACGGGUCAACAACUUCCUGAAACAGUCCAUUGCCGGACUCAACGCGCUCAGCUUCCAGAAGAAGACGAAGAAGUGAUGCAAUCCAGCUCCACUGUACCGACUAUACCAUUACAACCAGAUCAAAGCGACAGACCUUCUUCCCACGCAAAGCAAGCCAAGCUCCUGGCCUCCAUCGAGAAUUUGAAAUCCAGCAUCUCCACUACAGAGGCUGUUCUAUCCACGAAGCUCCGAGAAAUCACCCAACUAAAGUCCUUUCGGGCAUCAACCUCGAACGAGGAUAACCAAGAAUCAACUCAAUUCUCUUCCCGACAAGGUGCGGCUCCAGAAACUGCUCAGAAGAAGCGAGACUCUUUUGUUUCUUCGUCAACGCUCAGCGAAGACGAUAAAGCGGCCCUCGCUCAUGCUCACUCCAUCAUCAACAGCCACAUUUCGCUUUUGAAGUCGUACAACGAAAUCAAGAACAUUGCCAUGGGGAUGUUAAGCCUGAUUGCGGAGAAGGAAGGCCGGAGGCUCAAGGACGUGAUGGACGAACGGGGAAUAGACGAGGAUGACUGA